AUGACGACGCCGCCGCCCACCAUCCUCGCACUCAAGCAGGCCUUUCUCGAGCAGGAGACGCGGCGGUUGGCGCAGCCGCUGGCGCCAUCGCGGGCGUGGCGUCGUGCUAAUCGGGAGCGUCGCCACAGCAGCCGACGACAGCAAGCGGACGAAGCAGAACCCGGCGGUGCAAACGAAGCGACCGGGGCUGACGGCCACGCGCACAAGCCUCUGCCAGAGCGCGCCGUGGACGACGCGCUGUUCCGCGCCAACCAGCUGCUGCGCCAGCACGCCCGCCGCGUGUACGCGCCCCAAGCAGUGCGCCACGUGGCCGAGCAGCUCGACCAGCUGUACUGGCAAGCGAGCGAGCGGGCGGUAGCCGAAGAGGAGGCGGACGGAGGCGAGGGAAGAGAAGCAGACGGGAGGACCGGCACGGACCUAUUCAGACGGGGGACAGACUAUGCCAACCCCGACGUGAUUUCUGCCCUGCCGGCCGCCUGGGAGGACGUGCACGAAGCGGAGGCGCUGCCGCUCGAGGCCCGUCGCUACGCCGAGCUCGUCGCACAGCUGCAGGACCUGUCGACACGGCGGGCUGCCGCCGAGGCCCGCGUACGUCGGCUGCGUCGGCUGGCCGCCAUGGUGGCACCGCUUGCGCAGACGGAGGCCGAGGAGGCCGGGGACCAGCCGCCGCUGAACAGCCGACAGGACAACGUGGUGACGCGCAACGGUCCCAUCGAGCGCGAGCUCGAACGUAUGCGCGUGCUGCUGGCCCGGGUGGGCGACCGGGUGGGCACGCUGCAGCAGAGCCAGAACCAGAACCAGGCUGGCAGGCAGGACGACGAUACUGACACAGCAACAAUGGUCCAGGGUGCGGUCAAGAAGUCAGUCAAGCCUGCUUCAAGCAGCCACAAGGCCAAGAAGCUGGCCGUGGCGACGGGUGCCAACGGAGCCCCGAAACGCGGCGCCCGCGUCACCAAGGCGCCCCGUUCAGCCAAAGCCGUCAAGGCCCACGCCACCACAGACAAGGCGAUGCGCAAGUUCACGUCCGGCCUGAUCCACAAGACCGAAGCCAUGCUGGGCGAGCGUGCCGGCCACCUGGAGCUCAUCGGCCCCGGCAAGAAGAAGGGUCCCGACGCCAAGAGUAGAGAGCAGCGCAACAAUGACAAGAAGGGCAAGAUGCCCAGUUCCGGAGGCUCGCGCAAGUUUGGUUAA